AGUACAUUUGCUGGUCUAUUGUUUAGCUUGACUACAUGAUUCCUAGAAUUACAACACUGAUUUUAAAGUGAAAAAAAAUACCAGUAUAUGGAUUAAACCAUUGUUCAUUAAGAGGAUAAAGGUGUUCACCAACUAUUCCACCAGUUCAUUAAAUGCUGACUUAGAUCAUAAGGCCUGACAUCUCACAGAGCUCACAUAAGGCUGUGAAAUCAAGUGCAGCACAUCCCACUAUGAAGCUGGAGUUAAUAGGCAGAACAGACACCACUUAUAGUUACACUUAAAGUGACCUUUUUUGUUUAGAAAGUGUUUCUGAGCAGGAGGAAAACAACACAGCAGUUAGAAAAAAUUUCUUCUUUCAUCGACAAUAUUGGUGCAAAUACAUAAACCAGAUCAAAUCACUUAUGACCAUGCAACACAGAAACCAUACAGUAGAUGACAGAAUGAAUAGCAAUAAGAGUUAACAUCUGGUGUACGAUAAGCUCCUUCCGUUUUGAAUGAUGAGGAAGAGGAAAAUUACAGAGACUGAGAAAGAAGAGAAACAGGAGAGGAACCGAUCCAGUUUCUGGUCUUCGUUAACAGCAGUAUUUUGUAUAUGAAGUGACUGAUCAUAAGUAGUAGUACAUUGUAGCAGUGGUAGUGCCAAAUGGCAGUGAAUUACAAAGUAUUAAUGGCCAUAUUUAUUAGAUUAUAUGUUUGCAAUAAAUUAGAGCCUUAAACAGAAAUUUGCAGACAUAUAAACCCAUGAUAUCUUAAAACCAAAUCUGUUAGUUUAAUUGCAGGUAUAAUAAAUUGAUUGAUGCACAGGAAAAGAAAGAAAUUAGAUUCUUUGCUUACUUUGAAGAAUAAUAACUUCUGAAUAACUUUUGCAGAUGCUAAAUAGGAAAACAGUUUAUACUGUGUGUGGGUGUGCUGCAGUUUACUUUAUAAAUGACCUCAUCUAAGGUAAGGCAUAUGGCAACUACUGUAUAUAUUGGUUUGGAUUACAUUUGCCACUUUUCCGAAGAGAUUUGCAGUCUGUUCCUGUAAUACUGUACUAUAUUAACAAAAACUGUGACACAAGUAAUACAAUCUGUAUAAGAUGAACAGCAUAUCCCAUUUUUGCAAGGAUUAGGAAAUUUGAGAAGUGCAUUUGUCUAAUUUCUCAAGUUUAAGUAUCAACAAACACCAUCCAUCAGCAUACUAGUGCGCUACUAACAUUAAUAUAUUGAGAAGUAUAUUAACUGGUAUAUAUUUUAUGUAUAAUGCCAACAGAAGAUAUUGCAUGCGCCAGAGAGGUGUCUGAAAGGUCAUGGUGCAACUCCUAAUUCCAUGCUGGUGUAUUAUGAGUACACUGUUGAUAAUCUGCACAUGUUGCAAGUAGUUAGUUCACAGUCACUAUUCUUAGCAGUUUUACUAUUGGCUCCAAGAUUAACCAGUCACAAAUCAACCAGAAUGUCUAAUCGCCCAAAGCAGCACCUGUGAAUUUCUCACACUCCACCUGCCUCCCUUAAAGACUUCCACUUUUAGUACAUGAAUGCUUGGAUAUAGCCAAUGAAAAAUACUGCAGUCUUGACUUUAAAUUAGCAGAUCUACUAAAAUAAUUCUAUUACAACUGCAAUCCAAACAUUUGGUCAUUGUCAAGUGAUUUACUAUCCAGUAGCUCACUGUUAGCUGACAAUGUGUUUGCGAAGCAUUGGCUUCCUCCUCCACUGUUACCUGAUGUCGGCAGCAGCCAUGUACUUUGAUAUUGGACAGCAGAAGGAAAAAUGUAUCAUUGAGGAAAUUCCUGAAGACAUGCUGGUGACCGGUUAUUUCUUGUUGGAACCUUGGGAUCUGAAGUCAUUCACCGGCUCUCCUCAUUUUGGUGCCACUGUGACAGUCAGAGACCCAAAUCUUGAGGUUGUGAUGUCCAAACGCUAUGGUAAAUUUGGUAAAUUCACCUUCUCAGCUCACACAUCUGGUCAACACUAUCUUUGUUUCCAAAGCAACUUGACAAGGUUUGCUGUCUUUGCUGGAGAAAGGCUGAAGAUGCAUUUGGAUGUUCAGAUGGGAGAGCACUCAAUUGACCGUAAUACUGACAACACUAAAGACAACAUGGAUACUCUGGAGAACAGUCUCAGACACCUCAUAGCUCAGAUGAUGUACAUUACCAAGCAGCAGGAGUAUCAGAGGGAGAAAGAGGAGGAAUUUCGUCAGAUCAGCGAGAACAUCAACAAUAAAGUGUUGUGGUGGGCCGUGAUGCAGACCACUCUUCUGCUGUCAAUUGGUUUUUGGCAGAUGAAACGACUCAGCUUCUUCAUUGCCAAGAAACUGGUCUGACUAAUGACAACCUCUGACCUGAUCUGUCAGUACUGUACCAGUUGUUGAUAUUGCUUUCCAAAGCUGGCCCAGAACUUACUACUGUUAUACUGUAACAUACAACAUUACAAGCUUUAUGUCCAAAAAUAAUAGCAAAUUACAACUUUCUCACUGCUGAACAUUUGCUGAUAUAGACACAGUCCAUAGGAGUGACAAAUGUAUUAAAAAAUAAAAGUGUAAAUAUAUAUAAUACUGAUUAAAAAAAAUGCUGUUUGUGUGUGAUACUGUAUUUCAGUUGGGUUUUUCUCAUCUUUUUGUUAAUGAUCCCUUACAAGAUUUAGUAAUAUUAAACCACAUUCUAUGACGUUGUGGAGUCUGAUAAUAAUGCAUAUUUCAAAAAUAAUAAUAAUAGAUAUUUCGCCCAUUUAUGAGCAGACAUUCAUACUGUUUGCAAGACUGAACACCCAGAA